ACACGUGAUCAUAUUCCGCUAAAUUUAGCCUUGCACCACCGCGCUCUGAGUACGCUAUUCCGAAAAGACAACGGCUGCGUGAGCUACGUGCGAGCGAGCGCGUACGGCAGCCGCACGUAGAGGUCGCACUGGAUGCCCCCGACGAAGUCAAUAAAUGCCUACGUAUCAACAAACGACCGCAGUUGCACAAGCAAUUCGGGAGAAACACGGGAUCGAGUAGGCCAAGCGCAACGCCACGUGUCGGGGCGAUCAUUUCGAGAGAGAAAAAUGCUCCACAGACAGUUAUGAUACGAAGGCGGGCUGAGCGGCGCAAUGCUUCUUUGUUACUGUUGAUUGCCAUAGUACGCGUCGCGACAGCCUUCUCUUAUCCAUCACCACCCGCGCGCCAAUGUAAGAACUCGAGGUCAUACGUUGUGGGCCGCGUCCGCCGCUCGCCACCCUCUGCUUUCGCGGUAUUCUCUUUGAUAGCAUUACUGCCGCUCAAGAUACGCCCCGGGCCAAUCCGUCGCGAAGGCUUGUCGACGCUACUCUCGUCCGAACAUCCGAGGCGCCAGGAGCUCCCGUGCAUCUCAGCCCACAAUGCCGGAUCUCAGAGGAAAAGUGGCCCUGAUAACUGGCGCGUCAUCGGGCAUCGGCGAAAGCACCGCUCUACACUUUGCUUCCCUCGGUUGCUGGCUAUCGCUGACUGCUCGCAACAAGGCGAACCUGGAGAGGGUGGCUGAAGCUUGCUCUCAACAGGGGAUUCCUCGGGACAAGGUGCUCGUCGUACCCGGUGACGUAUCGGUGGAGAAGGAUGUCGCCAAUGUGGUGGAGAAAACAGUAAAGCACUUCGGAAAACUUGAUAUCCUCGUGAACAAUGCAGGAUUUCCCGUGCAAAAGUACAUUCAAGAUGCGUCAUUGGAAGACUUUAACCAGGUUUGGAGCACGAACUUUUUAGGUCCACUGACCAUGAUCAGGAACGCCGUACCGCAUUUGCGCCAAACAAAAGGCAACAUUAUCAACGUUUCCAGCGUUGUAUCACUCAUUGUGGUGGAUAGCCUGGCGCUGUACGCUACCACCAAGGCAGCCCUGGACAACCUGACGCGUUACGCUGCACUAGAGAAUGCGCCGUAUGGUGUACGUGUGAACGCAAUCAACCCUGCAGUCAUCAAGACGUCCAUGCUUAAAGACCCAGCAAUGAGCAUGGAUGAACACAUAAAGUUGUUACAAACGACCGCUCAAGGGCACGCACUGGGACGAAUAGGAGAGCCAGAAGAGGUGGCGCGCUGUAUCGCCUUCCUGGCAUCCGACGACGCCUCCUUCGUUACAGGCAUCACGAUGCCUGUCGACGGGGGCAUGCUCCUCCUCUCCAGCUUGCACCCUCCCCCACCGGAGCCGGAAACCCCGAAGACAGCGUGAGAGGCCUGGCAAAGCGUCAUCCUCAAGCACACUGGUGGUAUGAGAAAC